UCUUUUGCGAACAUUUGGCUUCUAUUUAUCUAAAUUGUUCAAAACUUGAACGAACUUGUCAUUUUAGGGAGCUUGUAGCUUUAGGGUGACUUCAUUCACACCUUUUUUGGCAUAGACGUGACUCUUACUGGGUGUAUAGAUAAUUUUUAAUAUUUUAAAUGUAGCAAGACCUUGAAACACUGUAGAUUUAGUUCUAGUUAUCCGGAGUAUAGAUUUGCACGCACACAUUUUGGGACUAACGAACCGUACACACUUGAACGAUGAAGUUCUGCGGAUUCUGGAGAAAGAAAAAGGGUAAGGUUGAGCCCGCGUCCUCAAUCGAGGAGAGUGUAUUUUACAGCGACUUGGGUGAAUCCAUGUCCAUAGUUACAGAUUCUGAGGUAUUCGACGAUGAUACUGUGGAUCUUAACCGUGCCGAGGAAGCUGAUGAAAGGAUGCUCUCAAUGCUGCCGGCUUCUCUUUCCCUUUCAAGCAAAAACUCUCUGGACAGUAUCAAGAAUUUUGAGGCAAGCUUCAAGGAAUAUCUCUCUCCCAACAGGACAAUGACCAGUGAAUACAAGGGAGAGGAUGCUGGACCGAAUUUGGAUGCAUCAGAUGCUGAAGGAGAGGAGACCUCCACGGAACCUGAUGUUACAUGCAUGAAAAAACACGUUUCUGGUGCAAAUCUGAUUAAUUACGAACUCGUUAUAAAACCUCGUUACAACACUGAUAAACAAGAGUCGGCAUUCAAAUGUAUAUUACGCAGGGUUGGAGCCGAUUCCGACUCACAAGAUUUUUGCGAAUUAGCGGUAGAUGAAGUGGUGAACCAUAAUAUUCACACUCUAAUUGAUAGUUUGGGUCUCUCUGAUGAUGCAAUGAAGAUUGGAAAGUCACAAUUGACUGGGAAAACAUGCGAGAGACAAUCUAAAGGAGACUGCACCAAUUUGAUAUCUUUGCUAUCUUGCAAAAAAUCGCAAAAGAAAACUAGUCUCCGCCAAUAUUUAGAGGAAAGUGGUGAUUUCCCAUCAGUUAACCGUGACCUAUCAGCACUCUCCACGAUUAGUGAUAUUACGGUAGACGAUGACGAAUUUACCAUUUUCGACCACAUUGCUAUGAUUGUGGAUAGGGCAAUAAACAGAAUUGUGGACGAUUCUCUGCAAAACAGCUCUUAUCCAACAGAGGUUUCAAACCGUGCCAGACCUAGAAACAGAUUUGGGGACAUGUCCGACAUCCCCCUCUUGUUUUAG